UGCAGGUUGGGGAGGCACUGGUCCUGCCUGGCUGCCAGGAACGCUGUAUAUGCUUGCAUGGUCAAGGCCUCCAGUGCCAGCCCUUUUCCUGCCCACAGGGCACAGACUGCAUCCUGGAUGGGGGUGUGCGGUGGUGUGAGCCCAGGGAGGGUGCUACAUGUCGCCUAGUGCCCGGGGGCCUCUUCACCACCUUUGAUGGCUUCAGUGGGCUCACACCCAUUCCUGUUAUGUCCUGUGCCUAUGAGCUAGCCACAUUGGUGGGUUCCAGGCCCCAGGAUCCUGACUGGUUCCACGUCAUUGCUGACUUCCUGCCCUGUCCUAGCUGCACUGCUCUCAAACCACGAGUGAUCAUCGGCUUCAGGGAUGGCUGUGCAGCUGUGGGAACCAAUCAGGAAAUAUGGGUGAAUGGACAACCCGCCAGCCUCCCGGCGCAAGUGUGCAGGGGCGUGGUCGCACGCUGGGCUGAGGGCUCCCGAGUUGUCAUCGAGCGGUCCCCCAUGCUGCGGGUGCUGGUGGGGCCCGAGGGGGCUGUGUCCCUACGGGCCUCCCCCGCACUACGAGGACGCCUCCGGGCAGCCUGCGGGAACUACAACGGAAUUGCAGCCGACGACCUGAUACUCCCAGGAGGACUCCGGGAUGCCAGCCUAGUCGACGUGUUCCAGUCGUGCCGGGUUCGGGGCUUCAACAACUGCACGGAGAAGCUUGUUAUUCCAGCCGUGACCCAACACUUCACCGCCUGACGCCGCACCUCAGCGUGUGCCCAGGGCUGGGACUCGUCCACCCCCCCACCCCACCCCCCUCGACGCACACCUGCCCUGGGGAUGGGAACCCACGGACCUUCCUGAGACUGUUUUAAUAAAUAAUUUAUGACCAAAACCUGCUUGUGCCUAUAUCUUCUACUUCCCAGUGCCCCCGCGCCCUGGGGGACACAAAGGGUCUCAACCUAUAGUUCUCGUUUCCCAAGACUCAGGAGU